GACUGAGCUUAAACUCGGAGCAUAAACUGCAGCAUGAUAGAAGAAACACAUUAGCCCGGUUCUACGAUCUCCCUGCUUUGGCAGAUCGACAGCACGUUAAUAUCCUUCACGAUCUAAAAUCAUUAUAUAUCACCCACCACUACAGGAAGCUUUAAAAUGGUAUCUAAAAAGGCUUUGGCCAUCGGGGCUACUGUCACUGUCGUGGUUGUCGUGGUUGUCGUGGUUGUUGUUGUUCCUUCGGUACUUCUGACUCAAAAAGCCGAGUUCAGGGAAACAUUCAUGAAGAAGUGUUUGGAGUUUCCAGAGGAAAAAGACAUCUGUGAAACUAUUUGGCCUAACUUUGAACAGGCCUACGUAGGAAAGGAGAAAUGUAACUUUUCUGACCAAAACUAUGAUCAACUCUUGGCUGAGACCCCCUUCAAGUAUCCAUGUGGCAAAACGAUGUUCUGGAGCAAAACGAAGGAUUUGGUCCAUAAGUUCACCAAGAAGAGAGAUUGCUUCUUCACCUUGGAGGACACUUCGUUGGGAUAUGUGCUGAAUGGACUGAGCUGGUGUGGGGAAAAGGGAAACAAUGAAACAUUCACUGAGAAUUGUGAAGACUGCCUGCCCAACCCUGUUAGCUCAUUCUGGAAAAUAGCCUCCACCAGGGUAAGUAUCCAGAAGCAAAAUCAAUAGUUUGACCAAAAAAUACACCGAUUUGGUUAGUGACAUGUAUGACGGUGUGUGUGUGUGUGUGUGU